GCUCCGCUAACAAAGUAUGCAGACAAGCGAUAGUGUCGGGGAGAUGUAGCUGCGCCAUUGGCGCCCGUCAUUCCAAUCUCUCUGCCAUCUACCAUUAAAUCUGCAGCUUUAACACGUCAAAGGAUUACCAUUACAAGCGGAAACCUUUACUUUAUCUGUGUUAACCUUUAUUUUCAAUCCCCUUGCCUUUAAAAACACCACAAAAUAUAUAUUUUUAUAGAUACUCCUCACCCUGUCUCUCUUUUCGGUGGCCAUAUACACACUUCAAAGAAAAAAGCUGUUUUGACUAUCAAAUAUAUCCGGAUUUCUCCAUUACCCAUUUAAAGGAUAUUUAAAUUUCCCGUUUUUGCUGAUCACCACCAUCUGGAAACAAAGGCUGACUAAAAGCACCGGUUGAUGUCUUGAUUUCCCUGCCUGGAUAUAUAUAUAUAUAAAUAUAUAUAUAUAUAUAUAUAUAUACACACAUUUUCACCCCCUUGAAAAAUUAAAAAAAAAAAAUCCCAACACCACUAACUACCAUAAUUUCAUAUAUAUAUAUAUAUGUAUAUAUAUGAAUUGCACUCCACGUGAUAUUGUAGUGUAAAAUGAUACAAUUUGUGACUUAAGACUCGGCGAACUUUGCGAUCGAACUUGUAACCCAAGCGUUCACACAAGGUCACAGCAUACAUUACACAUUCACACACACACACAUAUCCCAUACAAAUAUACAGACACACGCUUGUGUGUGUGUUUCUCACACACAUACAUACAUAAACUGAGACAAUUAAGACACAUUUAAUAUAUAUAUAUAUAUAAAUAUAUAUAUAUAUAUAUACAAUAUAUAUAGACAUUUACACGCACACACAUACACCUACAUAUAAUAUAUACGCCCUUUACAAGGGCCAGAUCUCAUAAACGACCCUAACGGUCUCCCCCCACUCUCCCUAUAUCUACUUCAAACUUGAAAACCUAACUGUCUUUCCUCCCCCCCCCCCGCCUUCUUCACACAAAGAAUCAUGGAUUUGUAACUCCUACUGCUUUCCUGCUGCUGCCCCCUACUUCCGCUCUGCUGUUUCUCUACUGCUAUAAGCACCGUUCGUUGAGCCUCAGACGUCCGUUUGUUCCAACUGCUUUAAAACAAUUCAGCUUCGCAGCUUCGGUCCUACUACUACUGCUGCGAGGAGGGAGUACAACGCUGCUUCUCAACUGCAAUACCACUGCAGCAUCGGCCAGCUGCUCCGAGGACGGAGUAAGAUCGCUGUUUUGUCCAACAGCAAUACCACUCACUGCAAGCGUCGGUCCGCUCUACUGUCGGUGGUGGGUGUCACUUUUGUCAACUGUAAAGAUCGCUGCUGCUGUUUUACGUUGUGCUUCCCGGAUCCUCCACUACCGGAUAUUGCGUAACGCGACAACACCACCACGACCACCACCGCAGAGUCAUUUCAACAUCGCAUCGGACCAGCUUCAAGGCUAAGCACGUUCGUCAGCUGAUAGAAGAUAUAUAUAUAUAUAUAGAUCUACGUCACACGGUUCUCCGCCACCCUAGUGACAGCACCGACCGACCUACCUACCUACCUACCUCACCAUCCAUCACAGCUGUUGCUGCUCCAGGGCCAAGACCGAGCCGCCAAACCAACCAACCAACCAACCUGUUUUUGUUUUCGGUGGGGAAUAAAGCACUCUUUGCCUUAAUGUUGACCACUCCCGAGUGGUUGGGUUUUUUUUUGUGUUAAGCAGGUAUUUAAGCAACACCACCAUCAUCACCAUCGCUCCUACUAUUACUACUACUACUACCUCUCCAGAGCAUAUUUAUUAACCAGCUUGCGGAUGAUCACCAUAAACUUCAACAGCAAGGACUAUUAUUAUUAUUGUUGCUGUUAGUACAACUAAAAUCCUGUUUGGUAUACACCAUACAAACCACAUCCAGACCAACCAUUGUUUUGUUCAUCAGAAGCAGUAGUAACACCAUCCACUAUAACUGAAUUGAAAGUUCAAAGGUCGAGGGAAGAGCAAAUAAAAGCCCUUCUUCGUUUCUCCCUUACCCCUGCUUCGUCGGCCCUUUUGUAACCCAUCUUCAUCCCUGACGGAAAAAUAACCGACUCGUCGUCCUCGCUACCACCUGAGUGAAGAAGGAAGAUAAAAAAAAAAGAAAAAAGAAACGGACAGAAGUGGCCAAUCGGUUUGGUUUGGCCUGGUUUGAUUGGUUGGUGUGUGCCGGUAAGGGGUAACACGUGGCCCCUAGCCGCCGACCAGCCGAUACCUGGAACAGAGCCAGGCUAAGCUGAGCCAUGUCUUCUGUUCACUACAAAUUCAAGAGCUGCCUCAAUUAUGACACCGUCACCUUUGACGGGCUGCACAUAUCCCUGGCCGAUCUCAAGAAGGCCAUUAUCCAACAGAAGAAGCUGGGCAAGUCAGUGGAGUUCGAUCUACAGAUCACCAACGCCCAAAGCAACCAACGUUACGUUUGUGAUGAUGAUCUCAUACCGAAGAAUGCGUCUGUCAUUGUUACCAGAGUUCCAGUGAACGAGCCACAACGGUCACAAAUGAGAACAUGGCUACCACGAAGUGAUGACUACCGAAAAAGUCCAAACAACCAAGACUUCAUGCACGACCGCCUCAGUCAGACACCAGAUCUCGCCAAUGCCGAUGCAUCUGAGAAUGACAAGAUUGAAGCAAUGCUGGCACAGUCCAAGUUUUUUGACCCUUUGAGUUACAGUAAGGGCAAGGCUUUGUCAGGUACACCACCUCUUGGUUAUGUAUGUUUCAAAUGUGGUAAACCGGGCCAUUAUAUCUACUCCUGUUCCCUGAAAGGGGAACCAAAUAUGGGAGACAUGAAGAUUAAAAGGAGUACUGGAAUUCCUCUGAGUUUCCUCACAGUUGUUGAUAGUCCUGACCAUCCAGGUGCACUGCUCACCCAUUCCGGUCACUUUGCUGUGCCCACUAUUGAUGCAAUGGCCUACAAGAUGGGCAAGAAGGAACGCCCGCCAUUCCUGCCUGACCCGACCCCAGUGACCACUGCUGCCGUUGUAUCUGCCCCUAGUGAGCUCCUCUGUCCUCUCUGUAAUGAAUUGCUGACCGAUGCUGUGGUCAUACCAUGCUGUGGUAACAGCUUUUGUGACGAAUGUGUGCGCAAUGCCCUCCUGGACAGCGAGGACCACGAGUGCCCGUCUUGCCACGAGAUAGAUGUCUCCCCAGACAAGCUGAUCAGCAACAUCCUCCUACGUCAGGCGGUCAUCAACUACCACAAUCAGACCGGUUACACCAAGGUGAAACGGGACCAGAUAGUAGCCCAGCAGCAGCAACAACAGCAGCAGCCACAGCCACCACCAUCACAGCAGCAGGAACAACAACAACCACUGCAGCAGCAACAACAACAACCGGCCCAACUGAAGAUGAACCAGCUGCAGCCAAGUGCGCAACUCCCCGGUAUGCCGCAGCAGAUGCAGAAGUCCGCUGCACAGGCCUUGCCGCCAGCCGCUGCUACCUCCGCUCCGCUAGGGACAGCGGCAGCAGCAGCGGUGGUGGCCCCUGCACCGGCACCAGCGGCAGCAGCAACUGCUACGGCAGCGGAAGGGGUUCCACUGGCUGUACCCCCUGCUGGAGCACAUCCUCAGCAUCCGGUUCACACCCCGUUAGUUGCGCCAACAGAUUCAAGGCUGCCCUCUGGUGAGCAGGGACCGAAUCCACUUCACGAUGAUAAACCCAUUAGCCACCGACCUGGAGAACCACAUAAGGGUAUGGCUGUUCCUGUGUUGGGAGCUCGACUGCGGAACAUACGACCGUUACAGCUAGUUCGCGACAUGAAUAGAAUGCCUGGCCCCAUGAGGAACAGAAUGGCUGAUCGAUCUGCCGUUGUGCGCAACCCAGGCCACCCACACCAAGUUGCACCUGUGAUGCAACACAUGCCCCAGGUGCUCACGUCAGCACAGCAACAGACCCCUGCCUCAUAUAUCCCGUCGAGAGCCAGCUUGCCUGCCGCCACGAUGCCUGGCCCCACAUACAGGAUGCCACACCCUCCACCACCAGGUGUGUCUACAGGACCAGUGAUGCCACCCCCGUCUGGUUUCAUAGCGCCGCCUAUAGCUCCGUACAGUGCUGGACCGCGACUCUACCAGAUCCGCUCAGUGCCCACGGGGCCACGACCUUUGACACCGGAGGAGUUUUACCGGGAGAAACAGCGACUGAUUGAAGAGGAUAAGAAGAAAUCCGAUCCCUUCGAUGAUUUCGCUCGGGAGCUAAUGGAAUUUCGACAGGAACAGAAGCGUAGACAAGUGGAUCUCAAUUAUACCUUAUCCUCCUCCAGGUCAAGGAGUCGUUCCAACAGUCGUUCAUACUCCAGGUCGCCGAGGUCGUUGUCAAGGUCACCAUAUCGGUCGAGGUCGUCGUCACGGUCACGUUCCCGUAGCCGAUACAGAUCCUCAUCGCCAUCGAGGGGCGGUUCAUCAUCGUCGCGGUCACGGUCCAGCUCGCGCGGCCCUCCACCAGCUUCAUCGCGGGGCCGACGCUACAGGUCGCGCACCAGAUCACGGUCCCGUUCGCGCUCCUACACGCCAGCUCGCAAGUACUCAAGGUCCCGGUCGAGGUCGCGCUCGAUAUCCCGCAGCCGGUCGCGGUCACGCUCUCCACUAUCCACCUUCUACCAUCACCACCACCAUCACCAUCGUCACUCACGCUCUCCUGGACGCAGCAGCAGAAGAAGCCGAACACCCCCUUACCGUAGCAGAGGCCGUACCCGAUCCCCUCUGGCCCCUAUUUCUACCAGAGACCCAUUUUAUCGCAAAGAUUGGUCCCCAUCAUACAACCGUAGUCUACGAUCCACAGCUGCCCCAGCAGGGACCAGUGCUGCCAACAGCAGCAGUCAUGGGCCUGGUAAACGCUUCUCCCCACCUGAAAGACCAUUCCCACCCCGCUUUCCCCACUACACACCACCUCAACGGCCAGAAGACUACUACAGAUAUGACAGCCACGCCUACGAAGAUUAUUACAGAGACUACUUCUCCAGAUAUGCGCCCCACACCACGUAUCCUGCACCUUCCACACUCCCGGCGUCUGCUGCAUCUUCAGUUGCAACCGGGUACGACCGGCCAUACUAUGACAUAAGAGGACGGCCGGUGACCCAACCGAUAGCCCCCGCCGCUGUGAACGUCGUCGUCGGAAGCAACUCUCCACCAAACCGACCCCGCAAGAGACCAGUGAGCCGAAGCCCAUUGCGCAGGGAGAGGCCCCGCGACAAGGGCGACAGCAAACCUGGAAAGUCGGCUGCCGGGGGUGAGCCAGCCCCUGCAGCGAAGCCGACGAAGGAGAAGGCUAAGAAGGCAAGCAAGGUGGUGGACGAGGACGGUCACCAUAAGAGGCUGGAACGGAAGCGAGAAGAGAAGGCUGAGCGGUUGGCACGAGAGAAGUCCAGUGCUGUAGGUUUGGUGUCCGCGAAGAAAUCCACAUCAAGGGCCGGAGAUAAGGCCUUGUCGAAGGAGAAGAAAAAGGCUGAGUCAAAGAGAGUGAAGUCGGAGAAGGCUUCGGCAUCAAAGAAUCCUUCGGUGCCGUUGGAUAUGUAUGGGAAGCAAGGGUCUGAGAAUUUGAAAGAUGGUGGGUGCCCUGUAAAUGCCAACAAUCCUGGCUCCACUGCAGCAACUGCUGCUGGUGCUACCAACACUGCAGCUGUUUCCAGUGUCGCUGCCGCCAAGCGAAGAGAAGCAGCGGAGAAAACGGUUGGCGGGGCAGCUAGCAAGCGAAUGCAAGAGACCCACAUUGAUCCGCAGGCCGUGACGGCUAAUCCGAAGAUGGUUCACCUCACAACACUGGCUGAUGCGAAAGAGACAGCUCACGUCGGUGACACCAGAGCGGUUGCAGUUGCAUCAUCGUCGUCACGUGCUGUGGUUACUGCUGCGUCCGCAGCAGCAUCAUCUGCUGCAAAGCUGAAGCGAAAGGCUCGUCUGCAGCAGCAGCCCGUCGAAUUGGCACAGAAGGGCUCCGGUGGUGGACCGUCAACAGAGGACAUAGAAAAGACAUUGACGUCAAAGAAAAGCCGCAGGGAAGUGUCUGCGACGGAGAAAGGACUACAAGAGGCUGAAUAUGGCAGCAAGGCAUUGGAGUGGAGUGGCCGACACGAGUCUGACAUGAUGUUGCCGGCCCCAGAGCUUUCCAAGUGGGAGAGGGACGACUAUGAAGUACAUAUGGAACCAAUGAAACCAAAGAAGAAACCACUAGAACGGAAACCUCUACCAAAAUCUGUGAUAGAGAGUGCAGAGAAGGCCAUAACAGAGAAACGUCUGAAGCCAUCCAUGUUACCCCCACGCAAGGUCUACGUAGAUGACAAGGACACCCGCAAACCAGGGUCUGUUCAGAUCACAAUUGCCGGGGGAGAGAAGUCCCGUGCAGAACCAGUUGACAGACGGAUCGCAGUGGGCCGCAACCAUCGGCCGACGUCGAGGGAAGCGGCGCUCGUCUCGCCGUCCACUUUCUCUUCAUCGGCAGCAGGACCGUCGUCCAACGUGGCGUCUGCUGCCGUCGCUGCAGCUGGGUCGGCUUCGCUGUCAUCUGUAUCAUCUCAGGCAAAAGGGCACCACCAUCAUCAUCACCACCAUCAACCACAAAGACAGCGUCACCACCACCAUCAUCACCAGGACGUGAGGAUCGCACGGUCGAGCGACUCGAAGGACGGUGGUGGGGGAAGUGGCGGCGGCGGUGGUGGUGGUGGUGUGGCUGCAAGGGUUGGGGAGAGGUUCGAGCGGAAGGAGUCGAUGGUCGACGAAGCGAAGUUUGUUCCAGAUUAUUCCGAGUCGAGUUCGGAGAGUGACGACGUCGCUGCUCCCGGAAACACAGAUGUGGCUGCUGACCCCUCCGAGAUGACGUCUUCGAGGAGGGUCACGUCCGGGUCGGGCGCCAGAAGAAGCAGCAGCAGCCGGACGGCGAGUGCUGCUGGUGGCAGCGGUUCAAGGGUGGGCGGCAGCAGUGGGGGUGGUGGUGACGCGGGGGUCACGGCACCGGUCGAGGAACAAGAGGAGCCUAGCGGGAAGCGACGCAGCGGGAAACGGUCAAAGGAGAGCGGAGGGGGCAGUAGCGGCGGUGGCACGUCGGGCAAGAAGAACAAGAAGCACAAAAAACACAAAAAACACAAAUCGAAAAAAAGCAAACACAAAUCCAAAAAGUCACACAAGCAGCGGCACAGAAGCGGUAGUCGGGAGAAGUCCGCUGCACGUCUGCUGCACCAGCCCGCUGCGGCUGCUAUGCCGUCGUCAUCGCCGGGGGUUGCCGUUGCUGCUAUGUCUGCCGGCGUCCCUUCCGCCUCUCUUCCAACUGCUGCUGCUACUGCUACGACAAAGGGCCACUCUACAUAUCACCAUGACCCCACGCAUCAACCCGUGGACGGGGGCAAGGUGCGGUCAAGCAUAGCGACAAAGUAUUGAGACAAGUUCGAAGGUGGUCCUGAUGACGAACGAUGAUUACGAUGACAAAGAUACUGAUGAUGACAACGUUGGUGGUGGUGGUGAUGGUGAUGGUGAUGUUGUUUAGCCCCAGGUCAGCCUCGAUCGAGCAGGCCUGGGCUACAAGUCAUUCCAGCCAGCCAUGACCAUCCAGUCCUAUAAGGGCAUCCACAACUGAUUACAGACUCUAAUGUUCUCUCCUUACAUAUGAUGGUCCGGUGUUGGUGGUAACAGUGUUGAUGGUGUGAUUUAGCUGCUAUUUCUAGCAGUUUGAACGACCGCAUAGAUGCUCCCUCGUUGGCUUGUGACUGUGCUGUUGGAGGCUUGAUGAUUGUGGUGUAGGUUAUAGUAGUAGUGGUGGUGUUGAUGAUGAUGAUGGAGGGUGUGGUGGUAGUGGACCUUUGAAAGUGCUAUUUUUGUCUCUUCAAUCCUGGGGUCGAUAAAAUAAAGUAGCAGUGAAAUACUGGGGGUAGAUUUAAUAUUCCUAUAAAACAAACAUCCUAGAUGUCGUCGGAAUUAU